CCUCUGAGGAGGUGGCUCCUCCCCUUCAGCAGAGCUUCAUGAUCCCCAAAAAGGAGAUAAACAUGGUUUCCGAUAUGGCCAAGUGGAAGCGCUCUCAGGCGUAUGCAGAUUACAUGGGCUUCAUCCUCACUCUGAAUGAAGGUGUCAGGGGCAAGAAGCUCACCUGCGAAUACAAAGUGUCAGAGCCCAUUGAAAAGCUGGUAGCUCUUCUGAACACCCUUGACAGAUGGAUCGAUGAAACCCCGCCAGUGGAUCAACCUUCUCGCUUUGGGAACAAGGCCUUCAGGACCUGGUAUGCCAAACUAGACCAGGAAGCAGAAAAGUUGGUGGCAACAGUGAUCCCCAAGCAUUUGGCUGAUGCUGCACCAGAAGUGGCUGUGUACCUGAAGGAAUCCGUGGGCAACUCCACCCGCAUUGACUAUGGCACAGGGCAUGAAGCUGCAUUUGCAGCCUUUCUCUGCUGCCUCUGCAAAAUCGGUGUGCUCAGAGUGGAUGACCAGAUGGCCAUCGUCUUUAAAGUAUUUAACAGGUACCUAGAAGUGAUGCGAAAACUUCAGAAGACCUACAGGAUGGAACCUGCUGGCAGCCAGGGCGUGUGGGGCUUGGAUGACUUCCAGUUUCUACCUUUCAUAUGGGGCAGUUCCCAGCUGAUAGACCAUCCAAAUCUGGAGCCUCGACACUUCGUUGAUGAGAAGGUGGUAAAUGAAAACCAUAAGGACUUCAUGUUCCUGGAGUGCAUCCUCUUCAUUACAGAGAUGAAGACAGGCCCCUUUGCUGAGCACUCCAACCAACUCUGGAACAUCAGUGCUGUGCCCUCCUGGUCCAAGGUCAACCAGGGCCUCAUCCGCAUGUACAAGGCAGAGUGCCUGGAGAAGUUUCCUGUGAUCCAGCACUUUAAGUUCGGCAGCCUGCUCCCCAUCCAGCCUGUGACGUCCUAAGGAGGCCGCGGGAGGAG